AUGGGUGGAGCUCAAAGUACUGCAAAAGGACAGGGCUAUCAUGUUCUCAAAGUACAUGAAAAUUCACCAGCUCAUUCUCUAGGAAUUGAGCCUUUUUUUGAUUAUAUCGUUGGAAUUAAUGGGCUAUCAUUGGAUACACCAUCAUCAUUUAUAUUACAAGAACAACUGUAUAAUAAUAUUGAUAAAAAAGUAAUUUUAUUAAUUUAUUCAACUAAAGAACAAGAAUUUCGAGAGGUCUCUCUUGUACCUAAUAAGAAUUGGUCAUCGAAACUUGAAAAUGGAUUAAUUGAUUAUGUUAUUGGAUCACCUCAUGCAACAUUACGAGGUGAAAAUGAUUUUUAUGAAUUGGUCGAAUCAAAUUUAGGAAAACCAAUUCGUAUUUACGUUUAUAAUGCAGAUUUUGAUGUUUAUACUACUGAAAAUUCUUCCUUAACAGACAAUUCAACAACAAUAUCAACAAAUGAUUUUAUAUUGGAUACUAACACUGAUACUACAACCUUUUCUGAUAUCCCUUUAUCAGACUUGAACACUACUCAAAUUCCUCCUCCAAAUCCUUCUGUUUCAAUAGAUUUUAACGAAGAAAAAAAUUAG